AUGGCCAACACACCUCCCCAGAAAGAUUUCCAGCAGCCAUCUCCUCUGGAUGUGGCGGAGAAGAGACUCAGACGACUGAACUUCUCACCCUGUCUCAAAGGGAGCGUCCAGCAGCUCCACAGAGGAAACUCACUCAGUAAGGCCCAGGAGGCCUAUGCUUCCUUAUCAGUGAUUGAUAGCCAGAAAUAUGGGGUUGUUAAGGAGGCAGUGCUACGUGCGUAUGAGUUGGUCCCAGUCUCAUCUUACCCAAGUAAACAAGAGGGAAAAACAGAGGUUUUGCCGGCAUGCGCAGUAACCCAUGCUAAGAAGAAGAAAGUGAAAGGUCUGGGUAAAGAAAUCACCCUCCUAAUGCAGACCCUCAACACACUGAGCACCCCCGAGGAAAAGCUUGGAGGCCUUUGCACAAUGUACGCCGAACUGUUGGAAGAGAACCGUAACACUCAGAAGCAGAUGAAGGUGCUGCAGAAGAAGCAGAACCAGCUGUUCCAGGAGAAAGACAACCUGAGGAACGAGCACAGCAAGGCCAUCCUGGCCCGCAGCAAGCUGGAAAGCCUCUGCAGGGAGCUGCAAAGACACAACCGGACACUCAAGGAGGAAGGAAUCCAAAGAACGCGGCUGGAGGAGGAGAAGAGGAAGGAGGUGACUUCUCAUUUCCAGGUGACGCUGAACGACAUCCAGACUCGGAUGGAGCAGCACGACGAGAGAAACGCCAGCCUUCGACAAGAGAACGCAGACCUGGCAGAAAAACUCAAGAAACUCUACGAACAGUACAAACUGCGCGAGGAGCACAUCGACAAAGUGGUGAAGCACAAAGACCUGCAGCAACAGCUGGUGGAUGCAAAGCUGCAUCAGGCACAGGAGCUGCUGAAGGAGUCGGAGGAGCGGCACGAGAGAGAGAGACUUUCUGCUAAAGGAAGCCGAGGAGGGGACCAGCCUGCAUGGGUGUGCCUAGAGGAGGAGGCACACCUGACUCCAAUCAGGCCCAAUAUUUAA